AUGAAGCUUUUGAACAUCAUCAACUUUGCCCUACUGGGCUUGGCUUCGGCAAGCCCAACUCCUACUACUGAGGAGGAAAUGAGCCCUGCUCAUCUCGAGAAGCGCGCGUCGAUCACUGACAGCUGUGAUAUUGGAUACGCCACUACCAAUGGCGGGACGACUGGCGGCAAGGGCGGUUCAACCACGACUGUUUCUACUCUCGCCCAAUUCACCGCUGCUGCUGAAUCAAGUAGCACCCUUGUUAUCUACGUCAAGGGCACCAUUUCUGGUAGCUACCAGACCCGCGUUAAGUCCAAUAAGAGCAUUAUUGGCGCCUCUGGGUCCAAGUUGGUUGGGGUUGGCCUGUACAUCAAGAGCGUUUCUAACGUGAUUGUACGCAACCUGGCUAUCUCCAAAGUCAUUGCUGACAAUGGUGAUGCUAUUGGCAUCCAGGCAUCUACCAAUGUCUGGGUUGAUCACUGUGACCUCUCUUCAGACCUUAACAAUGGCAAGGAUUAUUAUGAUGGCCUGUUGGAUAUUACACAUGCUGCCGACUACAUCACGGUGUCAAACACCUUCUUUCAUGAUCACUACAAGGCAUCUCUGGUUGGCCAUAGUGACAGUAACUCUGCCGAGGAUACUGGCCACCUCCGUGUCACUUACGCCAAUAACUACUGGUACAAUGUCAAUUCGCGCGCUCCGUCAAUCCGUUUUGGCACCGGCCAUAUCUACAACCAGUAUUACCUUGGGAUUUUGAGCUCUGCUAUUAACACCCGUAUGGGGGCUCAAAUCCGUGUCGAGUCGACCGUAUUUGAUAACUGCGCUACAAAGGCCAUCGUCUCAGAGGACUCUGAUUCAGUUGGCUACGCUACUACUGGCGAUAUUUCUUAUGGAAGCAGCACCAACACCGCGCCCUUGGGCACUCUUGGCUCUAGCGGAAUUCCAUACUCUUACACUUUGUACGGCAAAGACAACGUGAAGAGCAAAGUUUACGGCACGGCCGGCCAGACCCUAUCAUUCUAA